CCGCCCGGAUCGCUUUUCGUCCGCUACUUAGCUUACCACAGUACUACUACUACUACGUGCUGCUUCCUAGCUAAUCGGAGAGCAGCGCGUGUGUGCUGGUGCGGGCCGGUCACGCACGCACGUACCCACCGAGAGAGAGAGAGAGGAGAAGCCAGCCGCGACGUUAAAAAGAUCGCCCGGGAGGAACGUUUCCCGCGGGACACCAUGAAGCUGCCGCGGUGGGACGUGGGCGCCGCCGCCGGGGCCGAGAGCGCGCACGCCGACGCGCAGCAGCUCACGCCGCCCGCCACGCCCGGCGCGGACGAUCGGGCGGCGACCGGCUCCCGCAGGCGGCCGGCCGGGGGCGGCGGCGAGGGUGACGGGGGCGCGUUCGUGUGCCGGACGUGCAGCCGGCGGUUCCCGACGUUCCAGGCGCUGGGCGGGCACCGGACGGGCCACACCCGGCUGCAGGCGCGCCAGCAGCGGCCGGUUACUCGCAAGCCUCGGCCGCACCACGAGUGCGCCGUCUGCGGGCUCGAGUUCUCCAUGGGCCAGGCGCUCGGCGGCCACAUGCGCCGCCACAAGCAGGUUGAGCCACAGGCGCACGUGGAGGAGGCGCUGGGCGCAGUGCACAUGCGCCGGCACAAGGAGGCCGGCACGCAGGUGCCUGUGGAGGAGGAGGUGGCGCUGGGCGGGCACAAGCAGGCCGGCGCACAGCCGCCUCAGGCGCGUGCGGAGGAGGAGGAGGCGCCAGGCGGGCACAUGCGCUGGCACGAGCAGGCCGAGGCACAGGCGCCGCGCGUGCAGGAUGAGCACCACCAGCAGGAGGAGGAGGCGCUGGACUUGAACUGCCCGCCGCCGCUGGAGGAUCAUCGUGGCGGCGACGACCGAGGAGACUGUUCCGCCGGAUCGUCCGACCCUCCUCUGCUCAACCUCCUCGUGUAGCCGCCGGGCUGGUGAUUCUGAGUUCGUGUCUGUCUGGAUCGAUCUUAUUACCAUUCAUCGUGGAAGAAAGUCCAUGUGGCGAUAAAUAAACAAGGUACUUUUACGUAGUUAUUACGUGCUUUUCAUGUUCCAUGGCUAUUGCCAUUUGGCACGUCUAGAAUCUAGUCAGUCUCAUGUCAUAGAAUCCGGACAUGUACGCUGCUUUUAAUCAUGCACGCAUACGUGAGUGGGUCGCAAGAGCACGUCGUCCGAGGAGCGCGAGGCGGAUCCGGUGCCGACAACGAGCAUCAAGCGAUCUCCUCCGUCCAUUCUCCACUCCAACAUGUAACGUCCGCCGCUAACUACCAUGU